CUUGCCUGGAUCGCGUGCCUCUCCCUCUCCCCACCCCUCCCCUGCUGAACCCGAGGACCGCCUCCCUUCCCUCUCGCCACGGCUGGGGGCAGGUCCCCGGAGCCGACCCGCCCCCCUGCUGGGGAGCCGCCGCGAAAAGGAUUCCGCUUUCCUCUGCUGGAUGCGUCCCUGGAGGAGCUGAGCCAUGCGGCGGCGGCUCCCGCUUUGGCUCCGGAGCUUCCUGUGCUUCUUGCCGGCCUUGGUGGGACCCGCUGCAGGCUCUCGACCUCGCCUUGAAGAUUCAUCUCCGCGGAUAGUAGAGCAUCCCUCCGACCUCAUUGUGUCCAAGGGGGAGCCAGCAACAUUGAACUGCAAAGCGGAAGGACGUCCCACCCCCAUCAUUGAGUGGUACAAGGAUGGGGAGCGGGUGGAGACGGACAAGGAAGACCCUCGAUCCCAUCGCAUGUUGCUGCCCAGCGGCUCUCUUUUCUUUCUGCGUAUUGUGCAUGGACGAAGGAGCAAACCGGAUGAGGGAGUGUAUGUCUGUGUAGCCAGGAACUACCUGGGCGAGGCGGUCAGCAGGAACGCAUCUCUGGAGGUAGCCAUCUUGCGAGAUGACUUCCGCCAAGCUCCCAGCGAUGUGGUGGUGGCAGCGGGUGAGCCAGCUGUGAUGGAAUGCAUCCCACCGAGAGGACACCCAGAGCCCACCAUUUCCUGGAAAAAGAACAACAUCCGCAUCAGCGAUAAGGAUGAGCGCAUUACGAUCCGAGGUGGGAAGCUGAUGAUGUCCAACACGAGGAAGAGUGACGCUGGCAUGUACAUCUGCGUGGCCACCAACAUGGUUGGAGAACGGGACAGCGAGCCUGCGGAGCUGGUGGUCUUUGAGCGUCCCACAUUCAUCAAGAGGCCCAUAAACCAGGUGGUGCUUGCUGAGGACACCGUGAAUUUCCACUGCGAGGUUCAGGGGGACCCUGUUCCCACAUCCCGGUGGCGAAAGGAGGAAGGGGAGCUUCCUCGAGGGAGAUCGGAGGUCCAGAAUGACAACACUCUGCGCAUCAGCCGGGUGAGUGCAGAGGAUGAGGGCACUUACACUUGCGUGGCAGAGAAUAGCGUCGGCAAAUCUGAGGCCUCGGGCUCCCUUAGUGUCCACGUUCCACCGCAGUUGGUGACCCGCCCUCGGGAUCAGAUUGUAGCCCAAGGCCGCACCGUGACCUUUCAGUGCGAGACCAAAGGAAACCCACCGCCAGCCGUGUUUUGGCAGAAGGAAGGUAGCCAGAUCCUGCUUUUUCCUAGCCAGCCCCCUCAGGCGAUGGGCCGCUUUUCUGUGUCUCCAAGCGGCGAGAUGAACAUCAUGGACGUGCAGACUUCAGAUUCGGGCUACUACAUGUGUCAAGCCAUUAGUGUGGCAGGGAGCAUUCUGGCUAAAGCUCUCCUGGAAGUGGAAGAUGUGACCUCGGACCGUAUCCCGCCUAUUAUUCGCCGAGGACCAACCAAUCAAACACUUGCCAUAGACUCUACCGCACAGCUGCAGUGCCAUGUGACUGGGAACCCCCUUCCCAGCAUCCAGUGGUUGAAAGACGGACAGCGGAUCGUGGGCAGCGACCCUAGAGUGAGCCUAUUGGACAAUGGAACUCUACAGAUUAUGAACCUACAGGUUUCAGACUCGGGAUUGUACGUUUGCAUCGCUACCAGUUCAACCGGCGAGACAAGAUGGAGUGGGUUUCUGGCAGUGCAAGAGAACGGGGCUGACCUCCAGACUCAGCUUCCGGAGCCAAGCCUUCUCCCAGGUCCACCCUCUGCACCUCUGGUCACGGACGUCACCAAAAACAGUGUUGCUUUGAUCUGGAAGCCAAACCCUGUGAGUGGGGGAGCUGCUGUCAGUUCAUACAUAAUUGAAGCAUUCAGUCAGUCUUCCGGCAGCACCUGGCAGACAGUAGGAGACAACGUGAAAAUGGAGAAGCACACGGUCAGUGGCUUGAAGCCCAACACCAUUUACCUCUUCCUCAUACGAGCCGUCAACACCUAUGGGCUCAGCGACCCCAGCCCCGUCUCAGAGCCAGUUCGUACGCAAGAUGUAAGUCCUACCAGGCAAGGGGUGGAUCACCGGCAGGUGCAAAAGGAGCUUGGCGAAGUUGUGGUGCAGCUCCAGGAUCCUGUUGUCCUCACCUCCACCACCAUUCAAGUGACCUGGACUGUGGACCGCCAGGCUCAGUUCAUCCAAGGCUACCGAGUGAUGUACCGACCCAAAAACAGUGCCUGGCUGGUGCAGGAUGUGAAGUCCCCUACUGAACGGAGCACCGUCUUAGUCGAGCUGCGCAAAGGCCAGGAGUACGAGGUCAAAAUCCGCCCAUAUUUUGAUGAGUUCCAGGGCAUGGACAGCGAGGUGCUGCUGGUGCGCACCCCGGAAGAAGCCCCCAGUGCUCCUCCUCAGGCGGUUACCGUAGUCACGGUGGGGACCAGCAACAGCACCAGCAUCAGCAUAUCCUGGGAACCACCUCCACCCGGAGAACAAAAUGGGAUCAUCCAGGAUUACAGGGUUUGGUGCCUGGGAAACGAGUCUCGUUACCACAUCAAUAAGACAGUGGAUGGCACAGUGCACUCGACAGUCGUGCUGGGCCUGGUGCCAGGGAUGAUCUACCGCACAGAGGUGGCAGCAGUCACCAGCGCAGGCGUUGGAGUGAGGAGCGCCCCAGUCACCAUACAGAUCAAGCCCUUGCCGGACCAGGACACGGUGCCUGUGAGCAACGGGGACAGUGUGAGCCUUGCGGAGCAGAUCACGGGCGUGGUGAAGCAGCCGGCCUUCAUCGCCGGCAUCGGCGGGGCCUGCUGGGUCAUCCUCAUGUGCUUCAGCGUGUGGAUCUACUGUCGCAGAAAGAAGAGGAAAGAACUGAGUCACUACACAGCUUCCUUUGCGUACACGCCAGCAGUCUCUUUCCCCCAUGCGGAUGGGCCGGCACGUGGCAGCGGCAGUAGGCCUGGCAUGCUAGCCAUGGCCACUAGUGCCUCAAGCUAUCCAUGGCUGGCGGAUUCGUGGCCAGCCCCCAACCUGCUGCGGAAUGGGAAGGCAAAGGAUCCCGGGGCAAACUGCUGCACAGGAAACCUCAAUGCCACUGAGAGAUAUUACAACGAUGCUGGGAUUUCCAAUUACAUUGCUCAGACGGAGAAGUUUGGAACAGGGGUGUCCGAUGGGCCCAUUUACAGCACCAUCGAUCCUGCCAGUGACGACAUGAGGACGUUCAACGGGGCCUUUUCCCAGCACACCACCCCAUAUGCCACCACACCCGUGGUACCAUAUGGGGCAGCACAUCUACACUCACCUGAUGAAGAGGAGAGCCAGUGGAACGGCCAACCUGGGCUGCCCAGCAUCCAGUAUGCCCAACCCGAACGGGGCAGAGCUGAGAGUGUAGUUGCUAAGCCUGGGAAGCAGAAGUCCAUGGGGAAGCCAGUGAAAACACCAUCCCUCAACUGGACGGAAGUGCUUCCCCCACCCCCUUCUGCCAGUGAACUGAGCCAGUAUGUGGAGGAGGAGGAAGACGAGGAGCUAGAAGUCAGUUCAGAGGUGGAGGAGUGGUGCCCACCCCUGCCAGAAAGGACCUACCUAAUGGAGAACAUCCAGGAAGAGGAAUGUCCUCCCCCACCGCCUCGCGGAGAAGCCUCCUCUCCUGCAAAUUCCUAUGGCCAGCAGUCCACAGCCACACUGACCCCCUCACCUCGGGACGAAAUGAGAGCAUCUGAAGAUAUCCCCAGGCUGCAUCACUUUGAGAUCCCACACCUGCCCAGGCGGUUACCCAAUGGCUCGGGGCCAUUGUCCAAAGCCUCGAGUCCUCCCUUGACCCAGUCCAACCCAAAUCUCAACGUGCCUGAAGAGGGAGCCGAAGGCAUCACUCCCAGGCAAGGUCAUCGGCGCAACCUGAGCCAGACGCCGGCACACAGUGCAGAGAACGUUGACUCUCCAGGAAUAGGCAAACUUCACCCCAGCCUAGCAGACAUGCCUCUCCCUCCGGGACAGAAAGCAAAAAGCAAAAAGAAAUCCAAGUCCAGCCACUACCGUCGAGAGAAGAAGCAGGGAGAUCUCCCGCCGCCGCCCUUGCCACCUCCCGCCGAAGACCUUGGCACCGCUGCUCCAGACGGCGCCCUCCGACUGGACUGUGACCCUUCCUCUCUGGAGAAGAACUUGAAUGCUUCCUCGGCCCUAGAGCGGAGAGCCGUCCAUCGCACAGUGGCAGGACAGCACUACCACCAGCACCGGGAUGAGGAGGAAAUCAUCCCAUACAGCAAGCCCAGCUUUCUCUCCAGAAGCCAGGUGUCAAGCAACUGCUCCACAACAGGAAGUUCUUCUUCCAAGGGGUCAACAGGAUCUAGAGGUCAUGGGUCAGGACGCAGCCGGACAACAGGGGAUCGCAGCGAGGAAAAGAGAUGAAACCAGAUGGAAGUCAGCGGGAGGAAAGCAAGGCCUACGAAGGAAUUGGCAGCCGCAGACUUUGGGGGGUGUUUCUGUGCUUCUAAUUUAUGAUCCCUCUAAAGAAGCCGCAUGACCUGGCCCCUUUUGUAAAUAAGUUUGUUCCCUGGAGGUUGGCAGUCCCUGGGAGCCAAGGAAGCUGUAUUUAUAAAUCGUGGCAAAGGGACAGUCGAGUCUCGGGCCUCGGAGGGCCAGCUUUUGGAAACAUUGGCAUUUCUGCAAGUGGAGGGUUUGGGUCCGAUGGGAGAGGGGACGGGAGGAGGCAGUGGGGAAGGGGGUUUGCCUUCCGCCAUCUUGCUAAGGGUGGGCAUUGAGUGGGUGGGCCCAUCCCACCAAGCACAUGCUCGGAUAUUGCCCAGGUGCUCUGUCCUGCUGGCCACAUGGCAGGGAGGGGACAGCAGGUGUUUCUUUGGUAGCUAAUGAACCCUUUUGUAAAAUGACCAAUAAAGCCGAUUGUUAACCUGGACCUCGCAGAGUUCUCUUUCCUUUCGUUCCUCUGAUGCAAAGCAUCUCAUCCUGUUGGUGAAUCCCAGAGUGCACUAAGGACUUGCUGCGGAGCCUGUGCAAAGCUUCUUUGCACAAGGCAGGCUGCUUGCCUAGCUCAGCCACCUUUGAAAAGCCAGUUCGAUGCAGAUAAGCUCAAUAGG